AUGGCGAAUGUCACCCCUAACGCCUUCGCGGCCGGGAUAUUAUUAUCAGGAGUGCUCCUCGUGUCAGUGGCUCUUCGAUGGCUCUACAAUAUCUUCCUGCACCCCCUGCGCAGGUUCCCCGGUCCCAUUGCCCACCGCGCCUCUGUCCUCCCGGUCGCGCUCAAAGUAGCCCUAGGCAGAUGGACCACCGAACUCCUGCCGCUCACCGAGAAGUUCGGCCCCGUGGUUCGAGUGGCGCCGAACGAGCUGGUCUUUACGGACCCGGAUGCAUGGAAGGAUAUCUACGGCUACCAGAACGGCGCCCUGGCCAAGGGCGAGGAAUUCCCAAAGGCCCCCUCCUUCUACCGCAACCGCGGCGUCCCGCCGUCGAUCGUCUCGGAGACCCGCGAGAACCACGCCCUCCUCAGGCGGCAGAUGAGCCCCGGGUUCAGCGACCGGAGCCUGCGGGGCCAGGAGGCGAUCGUCAGCGGGUACGCGGACCUGCUGGUCGGGCGGCUGCGGGAGCGGUGCGGCGGACCCGCCUACAGCUACGGGGAUAGGACAAAGACGGACGAGAGCGGCUCACCGCUGCUGGCUGCUGGUCCGGACCGCCCCUCCCGGGCUGCCGUCGACAUGCGCCUCUGGUUCCUGUACGUGACGUUCGACAUCAUCGGGGACCUGGCGUUCGGCGAGAGCUUCGGGUGCCUCGAGAACGGGCGGGCGACCGGGCGCGUCAGCGGCAUCGAGAGGGGCCUCCGGGCGCAGGGGCUGAACUACGCGCUCAAGCUGCUGGGCAUGGAGAGGCUUGUCAAGUGGGUGCGGCGGAUGGCCCUGAAGGUUGAGCGGCCUGACUUGAUCGGGGGCUUGUUAAAGAAGCAGGAUGAGUGGGAACUGCCGAUGAAAACGCUAAUGAUCAACUCCAUGGUCCUGAUUGUGGCAGGCUCCGACACGGCGGCGACUCUGCUCUCGGGGCUCUUGUACCUGCUUCUCAGAAACCCUGGGUGCUUGGGGAAGAUCACUCAUGAGAUCCGGUCUGCGUUCAAUUCAGAGGAUGAGAUCAGUUUCUCGUCUGUCCAGUAUCUCCCUUAUAUGUUUGCCUGUAUCAGAGAGGCCUUGAGAUGCUACCCACCAGUACCGGGCAGCACCCUCCGUGUCGUACCCAAAGGCGGAGCCAACAUUGCCGGCCACUUUGUGCCAGAAGGGACUACGGUGAGCGUUGCGCAGUGGCCUACAUACCACAGCACGAGGAACUUCAGCCAGCCCUUCAGCUUCCAGCCGGAGCGGUUUCUCCAGCCUGAGAAAUAUCCAAACGACAGGCCAGAGGCGAUACAGCCAUUUGGUAUAGGUUACCUUGCGUACGCCGAGGUGAAAUUGAUCCUGGCCAAGAUACUGUACAAUUUCAACAUGGAGCUGGUGGACCCCGACGAGGACUGGAUGGACCAAAAGGCCUUCUUCAUAUGGACAAAGCCGCCCUUGAACGUCUACCUGACACCAGCAAGGUAA